GCCCGGUCCGGCGCACCACGUCUGUUUCCCCCCCCCUCUCCCCGCGACACCCUCUGCUCCGCAAUCCGCCCCAUGGACGCACACACACAAAUCCCCCCCGGCACAGACAUCGAGCGCCGGUUCGAGGCGCUCAGCAAGCGUUUCCCCAUCGUCGACACGCACAACGACUUCCCCUACGCGCUGCGGAUGCAGCUGCACUACGAGCUGUCUUCCACGCCGCAGUUCGACUUCGACUCGCUGCUCACGUCGCACACAGACCUCGUGCGGAUGCGCGAGGGCCGCAUCGGGGUGCAGUUCUUCAGCUGCUGGAUCGAGUGCAAGACAGACGACAUCCUGUCGCAGGACUUCAACCAGCCGUCGUCCAUCGUGCGCGACACGCUUGAGCAGAUCGACGUGGUGCGCCGGCUCGUGGACGAGCACUCGGGCGCGCUGCGGUUCGUGCACACGGCAGACGAGGCGCUGGCGUGCUUCCAGGACCAGGGCAGCACGCAGAUCGCCAUCACGCUCGGCGUGGAGGGCCUGCACCAGGUGGACCUGUCGCUGGGCGUGGUGCGCCAGUACCACGCGCUGGGCGUGCGGUACAUCACGCUGACGCACAACUGCGACAACCCGUUUGCCACGGCGGCGUCGUCGGUGACGGGCGGGCUCAGCGACCGCGGGCUCACGGUGUACGGGCGCGAGUGCGUGCGCGAGAUGAACCGGCUCGGGAUGAUGGUGGACCUCAGCCACGUGUCGCACAAGACGAUGCUGGACGUGCUGGCCACCACGCAGGCGCCCGUGCUGUUCUCGCACAGCUCCACGUAUGCGCUCACGGCGCACGAGCGGAACGUGCGGGACGACGUGCUGCUGCUGGUGAAGAAGAACGGCGGGGUGGUGUGCAUCAACUUCUUCCCCGAGUUUCUGCAGCAACGGGGCCGCGCGCGCGUCACGAUCGACGACGCGGUGGCGCACAUCCGGCACGUGGUGGAGCUCAUCGGGUGGGACCACGUCGGGUUUGGGUCGGACUUCGACGGGAUCCCGCAGGGCCCCGUCGGGCUCGAGGACGUGUCCAAGUACCCGGACCUCGUGAAGCGGGUGUGGGCCGCCACCGGCGCGUCCGAGGAGCAGGUGGCCAAGAUGAUGGGCAUGAACGUGCUGCGGGUGUGGAAGCAGUGCGAGCUCGUGGCGGCCCGCAUGCGGCAGACGCACGGGCCCGUGGACAGCAACUGGGACCAGCGCCGCUGGGUCUUCCACGAGUACUGCAAGGAGCUUCCGGAGCUCUUCCCGGGCGCGUUCGGCCUCAAGCAGAACGAGUACACGGACACGCAGACGCUUGUCAACGGCACCGCACACGACGGGUCCGAGGACGACGCUGCGCACGCCAAGAAUUAGAUAGCACCCUCUAUAGAAGCAACAGCAGCAGACUUUCUUAUCGCCCAAC